AUGAUGACAGAUGCGCUGGACCUCAACCACGAAUGGAAAGUCGAGGACCUCGUUCACACCGAUGACGACUUGAACGACACCUUCGCUCCCGAGGGAACCAUAAAUCCGCUGUCAAUCGGCGGCCAAUUCGCCCUCGAAUCCUCCUUCAACUCAACCUUUGAGUUUAACAGCCCCGCGAGUACUCCAAGCCCCUUCGCGACCGGCCCCUCCGAACCACCCCCUCCGUCGCGGCAGUCCCAUGGCGUCGGCGCCGGCCCCUCCACCAAGGCUCCCAAGCAUGGGAAGCAGACUUCGCCAGGCGCGAGGCAUAGCCACGCCAAGGGACACGCUAAGGGCAUUUCGCAAUAUUCCCUGACCCGGUCCAUGAAUGGCCUCAAGACCAAUGGAUCGAGGGAGGUCUCGCCCUCGUCCAACAUGGUCUUCAGCCAAGGCUCGUCGCCCUCGGCCGUGUUCAAUAACUCGCCGUCCCCAACCAUGGACUUUAUGAACACCACCAACAUGGGCAUCGCCAGCGACGGCGCGCUUUUCACCAGCGGUUUCUCUUUUGCUAACGGUCUCCCGGGAACCCCCGGGCAGCAUAAUCCUCCGGCACUGUUUGGCAACCACGGGCUCCCCAUGGGCUUCCCCGGCUUCCCACUGUGCCCCCAGCCGGUCUACAGUGGCGCCACCCCCUGCCGCUUGAUAAUCAACCAAACGCCUCUGAAAUCGCGUGUCGAGACGCAGAUUCCCGUCAAGCUGAAGCUCUCACCGUUGCCGCCUGGGAUCAAGAGGCUUCACCUCCCUCGGCAUACGAUAUCAAAACCCAAGCUCAUCGCCAAGCCCCGCCCGGAUAGAUCCCCGGAUACCCUGGAACUUUCCGUCAUGCUUGUCUGCACCAGCGCCAUGCAGAACGCUGAGCUAUAUCAACGCGCCUGUGCCCGCGCUGCGGCGGCGGCGAUUUCUCCGCGAUCGGCUAACCGUAAGCCGGAGGGUGAGGAGGAUGAGACGAAGCCGCAAGAAGGGGGUGAAGUGCAUAUAUGCACUGGAUGCAUCACGCGUGAGCGGAAGCGCGCGGCCCGGAAAAAGGCCAAGAAGCCCGAGGAGGAGGAGAACUGGACCCGGGACGAGCGCCGCCGUGUGGUUGUGUUCAACACGCACGAGGUCAAGGAGUGGCAGGAUGCCAACGCCGGUGCGCCCAACGGCACGCAGGCGGGGCAUUUCAUCACCGAGGGCGUCAUUGAUGCUCCAAUGCGUAUAGCAUGUUAUUGCCGGCACCAUGGCGAGAAGGGCGGGUUCCGCGUCAUAUUCACCAUCAAGGACCACGCCGACAACAUCAUUGCCCAGCAGCUGUCCGAAUCCAUCAUGAUAACCGACGACCACAAGACCCACACGGGCCCUCCCGCGUCCGCGGCGCCUACCACGACCGCUUCGAGCUCCGAGACAUCGUUGUUGCCGGGAACUGUUGCCCAGUCGCCCGCAGACUCGGCCACGCUAAGCCCCGGGACGAGGCCGUUCCCCGCCCCGCACCAGUCCGACCCUACCCUCAAGCGUACCGUCUCGGUCACGUUUCCCUCAUCGAUCCCCCCCAACGCCGCCCAGGCCUCCUCGGCCUCCGCCUCUCAUGCCGCCCGCAACCUUUCGAGACCCGUCUCACCAAAUGGCCACUCGGGACCAAGCGCCAAAAAGCGCAAGUCCAGCGGCGGCAUGACCAAGGUGCCGUCGGGGCUCGCAAUGACCAGGCUCGAGACGGCGCAGUCGCCAUCGGCAGCGAAACCUACUGGCCCUCCCAGCCAGCUGAACUCGGCCUUAUCCACAGCUACUUCCCCCUUCACGCCGAACAUGACGUCCUUCCCAGUUUCAGCGGACUCGCUGUUUGGGCAGACCCCUGGCGGCGCACCACAGGGCUUCAACCCCGGGCCCCUAACACCUAACAGCAACGAGCAAGCGCUGUUCGGGACAGCCAACGGCAGCACCCGAGCCGCAAGCGUGGACAACAACUUGGCAAUGACCCAGUUGUAUUCGGCCCCUGCCUCGGCGCAUCCCAGCCGUGCCCCUAGCCCGAACAACCUCAGGAAUAGCGUAACUGCGAUGCAACAACAGCAACAGCAACAGCAACAGCAACAGGCACAUCUGGAACGGGCAGCCCUCGCGAACGGCCUCUACUCACUACCACUUCAGAUGGCACAACCCCGAGCACCCCUGUCGGUCAUCCACAAGAUCAUUCCGAACGAGGGACCCAAGUCAGGCGGCAUCGAAGUCACCAUUUUGGGUGGUGGGUUUUUCCAAGGCCUGGAGGUCAUGUUCGGCGACCAGAAGGCGACGACUACCACGUUCUGGGGCGAGAGCUCGCUGGUCUGCUUGCUGCCGCCGUCUCCUAUAUCCGGUGCUGUGCUGGUGACGUUCAAGCAGAAUGGCCAGCCAGCGGCGCAGGCAUUCACGUCUGCCAAUAAGCAGCAGCCCGUGUUUAAGUAUGUGGAUGACGAUGAGCAGCAGCUGAUGCGCACCGCGCUUUCGGUGCUCGGCCACAAGAUGACUGGCAAGAUAGAGGACGUGCGAGACGUGGCGAGGCGUAUAAUCGGAGGCGGCGACAACCCUAGCUGGGGCUCAUCGUCCGGCGGCAGCCAGGGACCUGUCGGCGGCGGUGGAUUCAACGGCUUCUCAUUCAACGGCGCCACCUUGGAGUCGCAACUCCUCAAGGUCCUGGAUCUGAUCGACCUGGACGACAGCACCCACAAGGCGCGGCUGAACCUGCAGAGGCGCACAGGCCAAACCAUGCUGCACCUGGCCUGCUCGCUGGGUCUUCACCGGUUCGUGGCUGGCCUGCUGGCCAGGGGCGCCAACCCAGACGCCCGUGACAAGGGAGGCUACACACCCCUACACCUCGCGGCGCUCAACAAUCACCCCGAGAUUGUGCGACGCCUGAUUUACGCGGGCGCAGAUCCGAUAAUACGGACGCUGUCGGGCCUGACCGCGGCGGACCUGUCGCAGUCGCGUGAGGUGCUGAAGGCUAUUCGGCGACUGGAGAGACACGUGCGGUCCAGGAGCGGCGGAUCUCUUCAUAGCAGGGCUAGUAGCGCCACAUCGCUGCGGUCUCUUUGGGAGCCACCUUCUACAAAGCCAGUGGCCAAGGAGUACUCGACCGAGGAGUCGGAGAGCACGUCGUCGUCCGGCGAGAGCCCGGAGUACUCGGAGAUGGCAACCGAAGAGGAGGGAGGCGAGGUGGUGGAUCAGGCCGGCGACGCAUGGCUUGACAUGAGGCGGCCAAGCUCAUCACCUCGCGCUCUGGACGGGAGCAGACAAGGGCUCAUGCAGUCGGCGGUUGCUCACGAGGACCCUGCAGCGCCGCCGUCGCCAUCGGCGGCCAUGAUGGCGCUCAGGGAGCAGUUUAGCGCGCAGUUCCAGCACUUGCAGCAGGCCAUGGCUCUGCACAUGCCCGCGCUGCCGCAGAUGCCCAACUUCCCAGUCAUGCCGCCUCUGUCGGAAUACCAGGGCUACCUUAACUCGGCCCCCGUGUUCCAGCGCAUCUCGUCACUUGUGCCCAACAUUGGCGGAGGGGGGAGGCCGGAUGCUGCGGGCGAGCGGCCGACACAAGACGGCAAGUGGUGGGACCUCUCAUCGCUGGUCAACUCUGCGGCGCCGCCACCGGCCUACGAGGAGAUCUUCCCGCAGAAGGACCAGGCGCCGAGGGAGGUGGACUCGGGCCUGGAUACCAAGCAGGCGUCGGCGGCCAUGGCGGCGGCCGAGGCCGAGGCGGACAGCAAAUGCGCAGCCCUCUACGACAACACGGCCGUUUCGUCAGAGGUGGAGCUGGAGGACGACGAGAUGGAGGCGGAAUCGUCGAUGGCAGCAAGGCAGCAACUGCCCGAGCUUCUGCAAAUCGGGCGCAAGAACGCCAUCACCAAGGAGCAGCAGGACAACCUGAGGCGGGCGCACGCCGAGAAACGCAAGGGACUCCGGUCUGAUCGGAACCUGUUUAUGAUCUGGAUCCCCGUGCUCCUCGUCGUGCUCUGCGCCACACUGUACAGCAGAGUCCCGGCCAUCAUCUCGGCCGUAUCCAAGCUGCUGCCCCCUGGGGAUGCUGCGGCAGGAAGCGUUGGUAGGGUCGCCGAGCAGCAGCAGUCGAUGACUAGGCUACUGCAACGUGGCGCCGAGCGUAUGCGUGAAGCCAUGUGA